AUGCUGCUGAUCCAUUUCCUGACCAUCACUCAGGGCGGUUGCAUGUUCUCCAGCAACCACUGGGGUGAAUGGAACGACUCCCAGCUUCAGCCGACAAUUCAGAAGCUCAUGAAAGGAUACAACCGCUACCUCAGACCUAACUUCAACGAAGGUCCUGUGGAAAUUGGAAUGAGCCUUGAUAUCGCCAGCAUUGAUGCCAUCUCUGAAAUCAAUAUGGACUACACUGCAACCAUCUUCCUCCGUCAGCGCUGGCGUGAUUCCAGGCUGGUCUUCCCAGGAAACGAGAGCGUGAGCGUGGAUGGACGCCUCGUGUCUCUGCUCUGGAUCCCUGACACCUUCAUCCCAGACUCAAAGCGUUCCUUCCUGCAUGACGUCACCGUGGAAAACCGCCUCAUACGCAUCUUCAGCAAUGGAACAGUUCUCUAUGCUCUGCGCAUCACAGCUACAAUCGCCUGCAACAUGGACCUGACCAAGUACCCCAUGGACAAACAGGUGUGCACCCUGCAGCUGGAGAGCUGGGGCUAUAACAUCCAGGAUGUGGUGUUCUACUGGACCAGAGGGAAUGAUUCGGUGAAGGGCUUGGACACGCUGCGGCUGGCUCAGUACAGUGUAGAGAGCUACUAUACAUCAGUGUCAGAGGCUGUAUAUGAAACAGGACAAUACCCCAAGCUGGUGCUGCAUUUUUCACUGCGCAGGAAUGUGUUGUUCUUCAUCUUGGAGACUUAUGUUCCCUCCAUUCUGCUGGUGGUUCUGUCCUGGAUCUCGUUCUGGAUCAGCCAGUCCUCUGUGCCGGCUAGAACCUGCAUUGGAGUGACAACGGUCUUGACAAUGACCACUCUGAUGAUGGGCGCCCGCACCUCCCUGCCCAAUGCCAACUGUUUCAUAAAGGCCAUAGAUGUUUACUUGGGCAUCUGCUUCACCUUCAUCUUUGGUGCACUGCUGGAGUACGCCUGCGCUCAUUUUUACACCAUGCAGCACCAGACCAUAGAGGAUUUACAAAGGGAGCUUCUGAGGGAGUUCAGCGAGUCUAAUGGAAACGGCUCAAUCCCCAUUGUCAGCUCCACCCAACCAAAGCAGUCUGCGGAGGUCGACUCCACCGCAGACGAGGCCGCGGAGCAGUCGGUCGACAGUGACCCCAAGAUCCACGCCGGAUCCAAAGAGAAGGUUCAGAGUCAGGGCUGCGGUUUGUCCUCAGUGAAGAAAGCAUCACGUAGGGCGGCAUCCGUCUUCGUUGUGGAAAAUCCACACAACAUUGACCGUCACGCUCGCACCGUUUUCCCCACGGCAUUCCUCUUUGUCAAUAUCUUAUAUUGGCUUUACUAUCUCAUUGUCUGA